CACAGAAACGAAAAGGAGAAGUGUCUGUGCAGAGACUCAUAAAGUUGACAGAGACGAGAACAGUCUCCAGGGACGGCGUGGAGGUUCUCGGCUCUCAGGACUCGGGCAGAACUCAGAAGAAGGACAGCUCCCAGACGGUGUGGCGCACACUCUGAAAGAUGCCACGGUCCUUUCUAGUGAAGAGCAAGAAGGCACACACCUACCACCAGCCCCGAACACAGGGCGAUGACCUGGUUUGGCCUCCUGCUAUAAUUCCUGUGGCAAAAGAGCAUGCCCAGAGUGUCAGCCCUGUCCUCAGCACACCACUUCCGAGCCAGACCUUGGACUGGAACACAGUCAAACAGGAGCAGGAGAUGUUGCUGAACCAGAGCCUUCCCAAGAUGGCCUCAGCCCCAGAGGGGCCUCUCGUGACAUCCCAACCCCUGGAUGGGGAAUCACCACUCUCUGAGUCACCCCCUUUCUACAAGCCCAGCUUCUCUUGGGAUACACUGGUCUCCUAUAGCCACAGCUACCAACAGACCUCCUCCACCAUGCAGUCGGCACUCCUGGAGCGCUCUGUGAGGCUGUACGGCAGCCCCCUCGUGCCCAGCACCGAGUCCCCUUUGGACUUCAGCCUCCACUACUCUCCAGGCAUGGACACUUACCACUGUGUCAAGUGCAACAAGGUGUUCUCCACCCCUCAUGGGCUAGAAGUGCAUGUCCGCCGCUCUCACAGCGGAACCCGGCCCUUUGCCUGUGACAUCUGUGGCAAAACCUUUGGCCAUGCUGUGAGCUUGGAGCAGCACACUCACGUCCAUUCUCAGGGCGUCCCAGCCGGGUCCAGUCCUGCGCCCAGCUUGGCUGUCCCGGGCCUCGAGGCCCCACCUGCACCUGACCCCCCAGGGCCUCGUUUCCUCCGGCAGGAGCGUAGCUUCGAGUGCCGGAUGUGUGGCAAAGCCUUCAAGCGCUCAUCCACCCUGUCCACCCACUUGCUCAUCCACUCGGACACUCGGCCCUACCCCUGCCAGUUCUGUGGGAAGCGCUUCCACCAGAAAUCAGACAUGAAGAAACACACCUACAUCCACACAGGUGAGAAGCCCCACAAGUGCCAGGUGUGUGGGAAAGCCUUCAGCCAGAGCUCCAACCUCAUCACCCACAGCCGCAAGCACACAGGCUUCAAGCCCUUCAGCUGUGAGCUGUGCACGAAGGGCUUCCAGCGCAAGGUGGACCUGCGACGUCACCGUGAGAGCCAACACAACCUCAAGUGAGACUACUGGCCAGCCUGCUCCAGUGUGUCUCACCUGAAGGCCAGCCUUGUGACUCUAAUCCUGGUCCCCAGGCCUCCUGGAAGUAGCCCUGCCCAUGAGCCUCUCUGUUUCUUUUGAGACUGGAUGACCUGAAGCCAGCCACACUCCUCUGACCGUAGCAAGGUGAAUCAGCUCUGGCCUUUCUGAACUGAAGCAGCCACAGAUGUACUCUGAUCUCAUCUGCUGCAAGAGCAUAGAAAGCUACAAAACCCUUGUGGACAGGAUGGCAAAAACAGGCAAGAGCCAGGAUCCACAGAGAAGCCUUCUUGCUUGCUUCUCUGGGUCUGGUGACUGAAUUUUUAGGGAUUAUCUUUCUGGCUGUCACAGUCAGGGUUGUCUCCUGCCCUAGAGGUCUGGCACCCCUCUGCUUCUGUCCCUGUGCUGGCUUUCCCCCACCUCCGACUACAUCCAUCUGCCCACUGGGAGUCAGGCUCCACAGUCGGGCCACAGGCUGUGAAACCAACCAUUGGUGUAUUGGAAGCCUGCCCUGUCUGUUGAUGUAAAUAUAAAUAAAAAUGAACUUGUUUACAUGUGA